UCAUAUUGCAAUCUUUUGACUUUGUUCCGAUUCCUGUCCCCCUCUUAAAGACUUGUGAGUUGUGAGCCAUAAUAUGGGGCCAAAAUGGUACGUAGGUAACUCUUAAUAGAACUUUGCUAAUAAUAUAAAGUAAUUUCCUUUGCAUAAAAGUAAGGUAGCCUUAACAACAGUUAACAUGAUGCAAAACAGCUUUACACCUUUUUUUCAUCACUUUUAUCAAGGAAAGAACCUUCGAGGAGCAUAAAUUCUAUCACCAUUUGUAUCAAUCAAAGCAGAAAUCUUUUACCUGAAAUGGGAAAAAUAUGGAUUGAAGUGUGCCUGAUUUCCGCGAGGGGACUCCGAAGAACAUCAGCUUUGUGGAAGCUUCAAUGGUAUGCUGUUGGAUGGAUUGAUCCAAACAACAAGUAUUGUUCCAAGAUUGAUUCAUCAGGCAACGCAAAUCCUGUUUGGAAAACCAAAUUCUCAAUGUUGGUUGACACUUCUGAAUUGAAUCUCCAGGAUUUGGACCUCCAUGUUGAAGUUUACAGUAGAGAGCCCAUUUUUCUUAGAGAAAAACUCAUGGGAACAGCUACUGUGGUUUUGAAAGAAUUUCUGGACAAGUACAAUAAGAACUCUGAGGUUUCAAAGCCAAUUGAAGAAGUUGGGAGCUUUCAAUUGCGGAAAAGGAACUCGAAUACACCUCAUGGAAUUGUUGAUGUCUCUAUCAGAAUUUCAGAGGAAAGGGAAGAACCCAGUUCACAACCAGGUGACAAGGAGGGAUUUAAGCUUGCGGAUAACAGCAGUGGCUUCAACGUGGCUAAUGCUGCAUCAACAUACCCACAAUCACAAUCUAUAACCACAUCCCAAAUGAUGGAGAACCAACCACAACCAAAUCGCCAAUAUGCACAUCCAGUACCUUAUCCUACAAGUUAUUCCCAUCCACCUGUGGCGGGACCGAGCUACACACACGCAGCAGGACCAGGCUAUCAGCCACCGCAUGCUCCACCACCACCACCACCUCCACCUGCUAAUGUUGGUUAUAUUCCGACUUUCCUCCCAAGAACAGACAACACGCCGCCUAGUUAUUUCAACAUGCCACAAACCGGAACUGCAGCAGCACGAAAUGCAAGACCUGGUUUUGGAAUGGGAGUAGGUGCAGGGGCCUUAGCAGCCGGUGCUAUGAUAUUUGGAGAUGAUUUCAUGUCUGGUUUUGAUUUGCCUCGUGGAGUACAGGAUCCCUCUCUUACAAUAUCCCUUGAUCCCCCUUUCUGAAGAUGGAAUACCAUCUAUUGUAAAACGAUGUAUGCAAUGAGACAACUUAAAAUUAGAAUGCUUUGCACACUGCUACUAUCACAAAAAUCGUCUGCAAAGAAGUUUCAGUUUGUAGCUGUAAAAUCUCAGGCUACAUGUAAAACAACAGAUUUCAGCUACUCUGGAACAAAUUUAUAGUAAAAUUUUACAACUCUCAAUAUACAUAAUGUAUUAUAUCACAUUACAGAACUUUGUCCUAGUCUCGAGGGUGAUCAAAGAAAUAGAUGUU